UUUUUUAAGAACAAUCAGGCUUGGUAGUUUGUGUUAGGUUCGUCUGUGGUUGUCAAAAUUCCUACUUUUUAUAUUGAUUUUUCGUUCGGAGACACAACUCUCGCAACUUUUUCUUACGGGGCACAGACGACGGCAAUUUGGAGACAAAAAUGAUAAGUGUCCCUCUUUAGGAGUCGCAAUGCUAUUUAAAAUUCUACGUAAAUAUGGCACACUAAACCACCUGGUCAGCAACCACCACCAUGGUCCUCCGACCUUCCCCGGCGAUCCUGCUACCCUGCGCCACCGGACACUCCACGACUGGGAUCGCCAGAGCGCCGCUCACGAGCAGCGGAGGAAGAUAAUCCCGAAGCUGGUGUAUCUGCACAAUCCGUGGAAGUAUCUGGUGACCAAGUUUAAUCUGUGGAAGCUCAAAUGGCUGUGGGAUCGGGACUUCAGCGAGCCGGACUUCGUCGAGGGGGCCAAGCAGGCGGCCAUUGUGAUGACGGACAUAAUCCGGCAGCAGAGCGCCGAGAAGAUCAGCGAGUUCACCACCCCCGUGGGCUUCCAGCAGAUCACCCGGGACAUGCUCCUGUCGCGGAACGACACCCGCCUGCAGCUGGUGCGGUUCCAGCGGGAGCACCUGCGGCGCGCCAUCCCCAUGAAGGUGGCCACGCGCCAGAACUUCGGCCGGAAGUACGCCUUCAUCGACAUGUUGUUUGUGGGACUGCGGAAUACGAAGGACUUCGACACGGCCACCGAGGUUGUGGAGGUCAGCGAGAUAAUCCGCCGGAUGGACAACGAGCUGAAGACGCCCCCGGACGUGGUAGCAGUGCCGCACCGGAUAGUGUUCGCCGAGAUCUUCAUCCGCUUCCGGCGGGACUACACGGCCGAGGCGCGGCGGUCGGCCAGGAACCAGCCGGCCGAGCCCUUCCCCUUCAACAACCGGGCCACGCCCUCGCCCCACUCGCUGGCCAACGCCCCGGCCCCGAGUAUUCCCCCGCCCCAACCCAGUCGGCAGUUUAUCGAGCAGAUGAAGUCCGCGAAGAACCCCGCCACCGCCGCCCUGCCGUUCACGGGGCGCAUCCUGCCCCGCAUGGACGACGCGGGCUGGUCGGUGUCGUUCUACAAGAUCCUGACGUUCGAUGUCCUCAACUACGAUCCUCAGCCGAGGAGGCACCACCAGAAUCACCAGCCCCACGAGAAGCGUUAGUGUAUUGUGUCAGAUAGGCUAGGUGCGGAGUACUUUCUUUUUUUUUUUUUACUGUCUCUCUAAAUCGCUAAAUUUCCACAAAAACCUGUUGAAAAUGACCUAUGAGUAGUAGUAUCCAUUGAAAAUACUGUCAUUAAAUCUGAGAGAAUAGGCUUGAA